AUGUCCGAAGUCAUACGCCCUCCCUUCACCCGAGAGACUGCUUUGAAGAAGGUCAAAUUAGCGGAAAAAGCUUGGAACACUCGCAACCCUCCGCACGUCUCCCUGGCGUAUACCCCCGAUACUAUCUGGCGCAAUCGCGACACAUUCCUGCAAGGUCGUGAAGAAGUUGUGAAAUUCUUGACGAAGAAAUGGGAAAGAGAGCAUUUUUAUAUUCUAAGAAAAGAAUUAUUUGCUUUCACAGAUGACAAGAUCGCAGUUCAAUUCUUCUACGAAUGGAACGAGAAGCCUGAUGCUACUGGACAGUGGUUCCGGACAUAUGGGUUAGAGGACUGGACUUUUGAUCAAGAAACCGGACUCAUGCGAAAGCGCAUGAUGAGCGGAAACGAUGUCCGUAUCACUGAAGAGGAGCGGUGGUUCACAAAAGGACCCGAGCAUGUCGAUGAGGUGGAGAUCACUGAGCGACAUCUUUGA